UCCUUACACGAAGUUGAAGGUGGUAAGUAACACUAGUGUUGUACCCUGUGUGGCACCGUCCCCAUCACCGAGCUUUUCCUUCAUUUCUUUCACCGUAGAAGCGAAUGAGAAGGUCGAAGCCACUCCUCCGCACGCUGCCGCACUUCCUCACAUGGCGCGCCUUCCGCUUCCGCACCAUUUGCUCCGGCCGCCACGCCCUCGCCGCCGGCUCCGUCAAGCACCUCGAAUCCUUCACGGAGCAGUUCGAAGUCGGCUCGCGCCUCAUCACGCUCGAGACAGGUAAGAUCGCUCGCUUCGCAAACGGCGCCGUCGUUUUGGCCAUGGAGAACACCAGCGUCCUCUCUACCGUCACCUCCGCUAAGGGCGACGCCGUUCGCGAUUUCUUGCCUCUCACCGUCGAUUAUCAGGAGAAGCAAUUCGUGCAAGGCGUGAUUCCGACGUCGUUCAUGCGGAGAGAAGGUGCUCCGAAGGAACGCGAACUCCUGUGUGGUCGAAUCAUUGACCGUCCGAUUCGACCGUUGUUUCUACCGGGAUUUUACCACGAGGUUCAGGUAACGGCAAGUGUUCUUUCUUCUGAUGGAAAACAAGAUCCGGAUGUGUUAUCGGCUAAUGCGACUUCAGCUGCUCUUAUGUUAUCAGAUAUUCCGUGGGGCGGUCCCAUUGGAAUGGUUCGAAUUGGCAGGAUAUGUGGGCAGUUUAUUGUAAAUCCGACCAUGGAUGAGCUUAAGUUAAGUGAUCUUAACUUGAUCUAUGCCUGUACGAAGGACAAAACUUUGAUGAUCGAUGUGCAAGCUCGUGAGAUAUCUGAGAAAGACCUAGAAGCUGGGUUAAGAAUGGCUCACCCGGAGGCAGUUAAGUAUAUUGAACCUCAAAUCAGACUUGCUGCUAAAGCUGGUAAAUCUAAGAAGGAAUACAAAUUGUCUAUGCUAUCGGACAAAACACUGGAGAAAGUUGGUAAUAUCGCAGAGGCACCGAUUGAAGCUGUUUUUACUGAUCCUUCCUAUGGAAAGUUUGAACGUGGAGAAGCAUUAGAAAAUAUUACACAAGAUGUAAAGAAAGUGCUCGAAGAAGAAGGUGAUGAAGAAAGCUUAAAAGUCUUGUCAAAGGCUGUAGAUACAGUGAGGAAGAAGGUGGUCCGUAAAAGAAUUAUUGCAGAAGGAUACAGACUUGAUGGAAGACAGCUAGAUGAAGUAAGACCUUUGUAUUGUGAAGCUGGAUAUUUAUCCAUGUUGCACGGAUCUGCACUAUUUUCCCGUGGAGAAACACAGGUCUUAUGUACAGUAACGCUUGGAGCACCUACAGAUGCUCAACGCCUGGAGUCUGUAGUUGGUCCUCCGACAAAGCGAUUUAUGCUACACUACAGUUUUCCUCCCUUCUGCAUAAAUGAAGUUGGUAAACGCGGUGGUCUGAACAGGCGUGAAGUUGGUCAUGGAACACUUGCUGAGAAAGCCCUUCUCGCUGUUUUGCCUCCUGAAGAAGAUUUUCCUUACACUGUUCGUGUGAACUCUGAAGUCAUGGCUUCUGAUGGCUCAACAUCAAUGGCAACUGUAUGUGGAGGUAGUAUGGCCUUGAUGGAUGCUGGCAUUCCUGUGCGUGAACAUGUUGCUGGGGUUUCUGUGGGUCUUGUUAGUGAGCUUGAUCCAUCCACUGGCGAAAUAACAGAUUAUCGUAUAUUGACCGAUAUUCUGGGCUUGGAAGACCAUCUGGGUGACAUAGACUUCAAGAUUGCUGGGAGUCGAAAUGGAGUUACUGCUAUUCAAUUGGAUAUGAAACCAGCUGGAAUUCCUCUGGAUAUCAUAUGUGAAUGUUUAGAACCUGGGCGCAAAGCCCGUGUUCAAAUUCUUGAUCACAUGGAUCAAGAAAUUAAUGUACCUCGUAACAAGAAUGACAGUACUUCUCCACGACUAGCCACCUUAAAGUACAACAAUGAUGCUCUCCGUCGCCUAAUUGGACCAAUGGGUGCUCUUAAGAGAAAAAUGGAAGAGGAAACAGGUGCACGUAUGUCUGUAGGUGAUGGAACACUUACAAUAGUUGCUAAGAAUCAAUCUGUAAUGGACAAAGUACUGGAAAAGAUUGAUUUUAUUGUGGGCCGUGAAAUUGAAGUUGGAGGUAUCUACACCGGUAUAGUUGCCACUAUAAAAGAAUAUGGAGCUUUUGUGGAGUUUAAUGGUGGCCAGCAGGGCCUACUUCACAUUUCUGAGUUGUCACAUGAACCGGUUUCCCGAGUUUCAGAGGUUGUCUCUGUUGGCCAGAAGCUUUCUUUGAUGUGCAUAGGCCAAGAUGUUCAUGGUAACAUUAAACUAUCCCUUAAAGCAACUUUGCCUCGUCGCGGAGGAAUGGAGACUAAUGAUGUAGUUGAAGGAUCUGUUGCAUCUGCAAAAGAAACAGCCAACAUUUGGGCACCAGUUGGGAAUGUGUCUAGUACACAAGAACAACAAAAUUCUGUUUCUGAGUCGUCUCUAGGCAAUCUUGAGUUGGGUGAAGCAAAAUCACAAACCUCCCAAACCUCGCAAGUCCCAGUAAUUUUAAUACGUAGUGCUGCAGAGUGUGAUGAAGAGGAGAAAUCUUCUAGCUUGAAUCUAUCUUCAAAAGGUUCUCACGUGGAUAAUGAGGUUGAAUUGGAUCGCAAGUCAAAAUCUCGUCGAUCUCAAAAUGUGAAUGAUUCUCCACCUAAGUCAAAAUCUCGCAGAUCUCAAGUUGUUAUUGAUUCUCCAUCUUCUCAUUCAGGUCCCUUGCCAUAUAAAAAUGUUAAGAAGACAAAACUUUCGAUGAUGAAAGAGUCCAAAUCUGAUCAUCAAAGACCAGAGGAGGAUGAGCAAGAACCUAAAGAUAAGGAGUCGUCUGAAUCUGCAAAAGAUCUGAAACUCGGAACAAAAGUAACUGCCAAGGUAGAUCAAAUUCGUGCACAUGGAUUAGUGUUGGAUUUGGGUGGAGGAAUUCGAGGAAUGUACCGGUUUGAGGAAAAUAACAAAAAGGACUUUAAAAUAGGUGAUGAGAUGCGAGUUGUGUGCUCCAGCUUCUCUAGCAAGGGAAUUCCUGUAUUGUCUUUUGUGGAUGAUGAAUAAAUUACUUCCUAGUGGUAAGCAACACCAAUGGUUUUAUUGCCAAACUCAUGGAUUUAUACUGCCAUGAUUUGAGGAAAGAACUCUUCCAGCAGUGUAAGAAGCACAAUGGUUUUCUUGGAAAUCUGGUUUUUGAUAGAGCCCAAUAACGUCAAUUUGAUCCAUAUAUAACUUGCCCUGUCCGGAUGAUGCUUAAUAGUUGUUGAGCUUCUGGGAAUGCAGUAAUGGACUUUGAGAACUGUUGCGCUGCUGUGUUCUUAGAUUUGCUGUAUGAAGCUUGAGAAAGCUGUUGGAAAAUGGGUGUUUAUGCUUGAUACAAGUUUGCCAUCAUGAUUGCCAUUUCACAAUAAAAAGUUGAGUGGUGAACGACCAUGCAAUCGGCUGAUAUUUAGUUGUUAAUUAUCCGUAGUAUCUAGGGUUAUUCUUGAUUGAUUUAUGUUGGGUUUUGACGCCCAAGUUGAUUAAAUGGUUGGCCACUUUUGUGAGGCCAAGUAGCUCAAGAGUGCUGACAAUACUAGUACUUACACUGAAGGACAUUGAACACUUAAUUAUUUGGUUAAGUGAUGAUUUGGCUUUGUCAUCAUAUUGUCUUAAUCGGCAAGUACGGCUCGUCUAAGCCUUUUAAUUUUGAA